UCCACUACGUGUAUACUCAGAAUCGCGCACUUUCCUUAUUCUUCCGUGUUCGUGGUGGUUUCGUCUCGAUUGACUAGGGUUCUUAAACUCGCAUCCGGGCCUUUUCUUCCAUUGAUACUGCUGUUUGUCUGAUACAGUUUCCGGAUUGGGGUUAAAGCUCGUAUUCAAUUGCGUUUUAGGGUUGCUAUUUAGUUUGCGCAAUCGAUUUCAAGGGUAUAUUUCUCAACUUCGAAUUGCUCUUCGACUUUUCCGUUUCUACCACGAGAUUCGUUGAAAAUUUGACGGGUCUUUUGUGGAUUUUACUUCGUUUUUUGUUCACUUCGCGAUUCUAUUCGCGAUCUGAAUUUUUUGGAUUUAGGGUUUCGACUUGUAUUUAUUUGGCCGAUUUCCGAAUAUUUUUAUUGUAAUAAUUCGGGAUUUAGGGUUUUCUUUGGGAAUUAUUGGGGUAGGGUUUGGGAUUUCGAUGGCAGCGGGGAGGAUGGGGGGUUAUCGCGACUAUGAUAUGAAGGACCGAGAUUCCGGUUUUGAUGUGAGUGCGAAGGAAGAGUAUGAACGGGGACGGGGGCGUAACCGUGAAAGCAAUAAGAGUCGAGGUUGGGAGGUUAGGGAUAGAGUUAGGGUCAGGCCGAAGGAGAUCAAGGACAGGGAAUUAGGUAAUGGUAGUGCACGUUCUUCAAGUAGAAGCGAUUCUGGCAGCAGCGGUGGGCCUCAUGGAAUCAAUCAAAGUGUUUUUCUUGUCAGGGCAAUGGAUAGGGAGCCGGGUGAGUUAUCCAGUGAGAGUGGAUCUGACGAUGCCACCGAUUCUGGAUUACAAUUUAAGAAUAGCGAGGCACCAAAGGUGGCGGAGAAUGGAAUUCGUUCUCCACCUGAGAAGAAGAGGAAGUUCUCACCGAUAGUUUGGGACAGAGACGUUAAGGAAGAGACUGUUUCCCUAAGACAUAAGGUCGCCAAGGCUGUGACAGAUUCAUCUCUGCCGCUUCCUAAGGAGCAGCGGCAAUCUCCUAAUGUGGUAUUGGAUACUCUUGAUGCCGUACCCACUGUCAGAACUAUUGAUCACGAGUAUGUGCAACCUUCUUCACUUGCUGAAUCUUCUGUUGCUCUUGGAUCAGAUGAAUUUUCCGCUAGUGGUUCACCAAUGAUGCCAUCUUCUGCUUCAAUUAGGAAACCAUUGGAGAGUGAUCUUGAAGCAGAAAAUCUUGGGGAUGAUGAUUAUGUCCCCACAAGAAACAUUUCAUCCUCUAGAUGGGCUGCCGGAAAUAACUCUCCCGGUGAUGAAGGUGAAAUUUUAGACAAGGAAAUCCCUAAAAGGAGGAAGACAACACCAAUUUCCGAGUCCUUGGAGGGCAUUCGAUUUCAAAGGAAAUCAUUAACUCCAGAGAUUGGGGAGGUAAUGAGACAUGGCUCUGAAGCAGGGACAAGAUCAUCUGAAUCGACAGAACAUGGUGAUCGGUCUCGAUCAUCUAGUGGGAAUCAUUACCUCGGUAAUGAUUUUGAGAAGUUCGAAGGCACAGAGCUAGGUGAUGAAAUUCAUAGAUCAGAUACUAGCAGUAGCCGGUUAGAUAAUGAUUCCGAGGAUGAGACAGAAUCUCCCGAGGAGGCAGAGCUCAGUGGCCCUCCCCCCCGAAAUGUAAAUAUGCUUCAGGGCUGUAGAAGUGUUGAUGAAUUUGAAAGAUUGAAUAAGAUUGAUGAAGGAACUUACGGUGUUGUAUAUAGAGCCAGAGACAAAAAGUCAGGGGAAAUAGUUGCGUUGAAGAAAGUAAAAAUGGAAAAGGAGCGAGAAGGUUUUCCAAUGACUUCUUUGAGAGAAAUAAACAUUCUCCUUUCUUUUCAUCACCCUUCAAUUGUUGAUGUAAAAGAAGUGGUGGUGGGCAGUAGCCUUGAUAGCAUUUUUAUGGUAAUGGAAUACAUGGAGCAUGAUCUAAAAGCACUCAUGGAGACAAUGAAGCAGCCAUUUAGUCAAAGUGAAGUCAAAUGUCUGAUGCUACAGUUAUUGGAGGGUGUUAAAUAUCUUCAUGAUAAUUGGGUGCUUCAUAGGGACUUAAAAACAUCAAAUUUACUCUUGAAUAAUCAGGGAGAGUUGAAGAUCUGUGAUUUUGGAUUAGCUCGACAGUAUGGGAGCCCUUUGAAAACAUAUACGCAUAUGGUUGUUACUCUUUGGUACAGGGCACCUGAGCUUCUUUUGGGAACAAGACAGUAUUCGACAGCCAUUGAUAUGUGGUCAUUGGGUUGUAUUAUGGCUGAAUUAUUAUCAAAGCAACCACUGUUUAAUGGGAAAACAGAAGUUGAUCAACUUGACAAGAUAUUCCGAAUGCUAGGCACACCAAAUGAAACAAUUUGGCCUGGAUUUUCCAAUCUUCCAGGAGUUCGGGUCAACUUUGUUAAGCACCAGUACAACUUACUGCGUAAGAAAUUUCCUGCAACAUCAUUCACGGGUUCGCCAGUUCUUUCUGAUUCAGGAUUUGAUUUGUUGAACAAACUACUAACUUACGAUCCUGAGAAGAGAAUUACAGCUGAGGCUGCUCUUAAUCACGAAUGGUUCUCAGAAGUUCCUCUUCCAAAGUCUAAAGCAUUCAUGCCUACUUUUCCUGCUCAGCAUGCUCAGGACAGGCGUUUCCGGAGAGUAAUGAAGAGUCCAGACCCCUUAGAAGAGCAGCGCAGAAAGGAGUUGCAGCAAGGAGAAUUGGGAACAUCUGGCUUGUUUGGCUGAGAGGGGAUCUGGUAAUUUGACCGAGGUUGCCCUGAAGUUAUUUCUUUAAUAACUCUGACUAUUGGACCUGAUUGAGGUGAGGGAAGAAGGCUGUGAAUCUUGUUUGACAGAUUACUAGUGCUCUUUUAGCACGGCAUUCAUGGAUAUUUGGUUCAAGAUAUGUAUUUUUUUUUUGCUUCUUUGAAGAAGAUAUAUUGCAGCUUGACGUCUAUUCUUCUCCUCUGGUCAUCAUAUAGAAAAUGCUUCAGUGAGACACGGCUUGCAUGGCGAGGUGUGGAACAUUGUUGUUUUCUUGCUAAAGUCAGUUUCAGCAGAAACUAAUUGUGUAACAUAUUUUUAUUGAAAAUUAGGCUAUUGGCCAUAAAUUUCAUUUAUAAUAUUAGAUCACGAUGGAUUUACUGCCUACCUGGUUCAAUUAUAAUCUCCUUUUUAAUAUUUGAAUUGUGUUUGCAAGAGAUGGUUGGUGGGAAGGGGAGGGCGGUCUUUGCUUCUCGUUGGCGAAGAAUAUGACAGUAACGGUAGUUUUUCAAAGAACGAGCUUCAAAUUCUUUUUUUGGCUAUUGAAAGAAAGAAUAAGUAUGCAUUAGCUUGUUCAGCAGUUCCAUCACUCUUCAAAUAUCAAAGCUAGCAGGUUGAGGAGCUUACCUUCAUUGCUCUGGAAGUUAUGAAGUUAUUAACUUAGUUGUUGAUUCACCCACUUGAGCUUUCUUCUUGGAAGUGCUGUUUGGAAACGCUCUAUACACCGAAAAGUGUGUUAAGUGUACUAUCAAGCUCGGCGGAGAUUGAGUGAGAAUCUUCUAACCCUUAGCUAUUAGUGUCAACCAUACUAUGCAUCUGAUCUUCUUUUCAAAAUGCAUUUUGCGUUCAUUCAACCUGAUACUUAUUUGAUGUUUGGUUUUCUUUCUAGUGUGUUUACCGUUGGUUGCUAACCUUCCAGUAUUCACAGUGUCGGUUUAUGGUUACGACUUCAAUGUUAUUUUGAAAACCAAUGGUGAAAUCGUUCUAUUGUCUGAUGUCAUGGGUUGAAAACUGGUUGGUGUAAGAAUGAAAUAAACCGUCUAGUGAUGAGUUUGAUCUGAUGCUUUAGAAUAAUAGGUUGAUACUGGUUGGUUUAUAGUCAAUUUGUUUGUUGUCAUGCUAGGGAAUAUCAUAGCGUCUUAAUCCUUUCGUUUAUAUCGAAUCUUGAUUGUUGAUGUCAUGUUAGGCAGGGAACUUGUUUGGAACAAAAUCACUCGGCUAAUAAAGUCAUGACCCUAUUUCCCUUUUUA